GCCUGGGGCAAAUGCGCCUCUGGUCAGCUCCCCCCUGUGCUUGGAAAGCGACCCCCGUGAGCCCCGGGUUCAAAGGCCCGGCGCGGCAGUUCCAGCCCCUCCGAGGGGCGGGGAGGCGAAGGGGGUGGUGCGGGAGCCAGAAAAGCCCGAGCCACAACCGGCCAGCCCUGCGCAGGGAUGGGCAGCGCGCUCUGAAAGUUCGUGACCGCCUCAGCCAAGUAACUCUGAGCCAGGAGGCGCAGCACAGGCAGCGGCAGGACUCGAAAGCUGUACCCUGUCUCACUGGCCUUUUGCGGUCACAAGCGGCCACCCUUCAGGCCCGGUGCUCCCGCGCCUGAUCGGGGUUCAUGGAGCCGGGGCUGUGGCUCCUUCUCGGGCUCACAGUGACCUCCGCUGCAGGAUUUGUGCCUUGCCCCCAGCCUGGGGGCUCUGGCAGAGCCAGUGUGUCCCAGGAACCCCCUGAAGCUGGAUCACAGGGGGACUGUGAAGAGACUGUGGCUGGCCCUGGUGAGAGGAUUGUGUCCCCAACAGCUGAACUGCCUACACAUCCUGGAAGUGCUGGGCAGGAACAGGGACCAGGCAGGUCUGGGGAACAGGAGGAUAAGGGGGUGCCUGCACACCACCGACCUCGGCGCUGCACGUGCUUCACUUACAAGGACAAGGAGUGCGUCUACUAUUGCCACCUGGACAUCAUCUGGAUCAACACUCCUGAACAGACUGUGCCCUAUGGACUGUCCAACUACAGAGGAAGCCUUCGGGGAAAGAGGGCCUCAGGGCCAGUUCCAGAAAGCUCCCAGCCCUCUCCACGGACACGCUUGCGUUGUACUUGUGUGGGGGCAGAUGACAAGGCCUGUGUACACUUCUGUGCAUACACCGCAGAUGUCACCAGUUAUUCCAGGAGAGCAGAAAAUCCAGCUGCAGAAGAGAAGCGGGACACUGGAGGCUCACGUCAAAGGUUGAAGUCAAGAACAGAUAAAGCCCACGGGCUUUAGCUGGCUUUAGCUGGCUUUAGCAGGCCACGACUGAUGCUUCUUGCUUCCUGCAGUGGACUUCGCCCUGUUCUCCCUGCCUGCAGACUCUUCCAGGAGAGAGCCUUCGAGCUUGUGCAUACAGAGUUCGAAUUUCCACCUCUUUAGGGACAAGGCGGGAAUUGGCCUGAGGCAAAAAUGAAAGAAAGACCCGUCCAAAGAGCCCCGCACUUACCCUUACACCCCUACUCCAAGAAUGCCCAAGUCCAAAAGACCCCAGCUUCCCUAAUGGGUAAAAUGAUCCCACAUGUGCCCUGGGGGCCAGAUGCCUGCGGCUCCAGUUUCACAAGGAAAUUGUUUGAGAGGUAUGUUAAGUCUGAAAGCUACUUACUGGCUUUUGACAUGACUCCUCUUGGAGAGUAAGUGGACACCAGGCUGGCUCUUUACAAAAGUAAAUACGCAUCCAUCUCCUAGAAGAUUCAGGACACCCAUGUGGCCAGAGCAGGCCUUCUGCAGCCUGCGUGGCCUGCGCAAAUUAGCGAGGCAUCUCUGUGAGUCUGUCUGCUUGAGACCUGGGUUCUAGCUGGGCAGUAGUCUAUGAACAUGCAGUUCAUAGGAUUUAGAAACCUUCCACUGUGUUUAGUACUCAUCAGAAGAGCGGCUCUCGAAAACAAGAAGGAAAAGAAAAUGGGAGGUCUAGAUGGUCAUGAGACAAAAAGAGAAAGCAACAACACCACACACACACACACACACACACACACACACACACACAUUCUUGAUGGUUUUGAACUCUGGGGCACUCAUCAAAGAGCUGGCGGUUCUGUGAUGGCCUCUGUGGCAGAGCUCCCAGCCCUGCCUUGCAAUAAGCUGCGCUGAGGGGCAGCUCCAGACCAAGGCUACCAGUCUGGAAAUCUGCUUUCAUGAAUAAAUGUGGCUCUUUGGGGAGUGGCUUCAAAAUAAGCCCAAAACACAAACUCUUUGUAUAUUAUGUAAAUUCCUGUUUGUCUAUAUAAUUGGCAACAACUGGGAAUUGCAACCUCUGUUCAAAAUCUCUUUUAGCUGAGCUCUUUCCGCUGUGUACGUGGUGAGUAUGGGGGUAGGGGUGGAGUCAGGCUGUGAGUUCCCAUGUAAACUCUGCUCUGCAGGCCCAGAUGGGACAGUCUGCCCACCUCCCCACAGGCCUCAUAGCAAUGAGAACCUGUCUUUGGGUAUGUUCCAAGGGCACCAUGCGGAGACACUUUAGCUAUUGUGUGAAGUGGAGCUUUAACCAGAUGGUAAACUUCAGAGGACCGUCUCCUAAGUUAUUACAGGUGCGAGCGUGCCUGCUUAUUAGGGGUGUGUGUGAGAGAGUGCUGGUUUGCUGGGGGAAUGUACAGUUAAGAGAAGUAAUUAUUUAUUGGGGAACUCUUUUCUACGUAUCUCCUUUAUGGGAUCUAUAAAAAAGUAAAGGCACUGUAGAUAGGUAGAUAGACAGACAGAAAAAUAGAUUUCAAAUUGUGUUCAAAAAUCCAAACCCAUAUCUCUUUGUAGCUAAAAAUUGUUUAAAUCUCAUAAGCACUAUUCAGCACAGUGGCCAGAUUGUAUCUCAAAAGCAAAUCCACUCACUGUAAGAACACUCCGGAGAUAAGUCAAAUGUAUAAUAAAAGAAAAGCUAAAAGUUUGCUCUGGUUUCCGGGCUUUUCCUUGCACACAGAGUUACACAUUCACUCUUCAUAGGCCUCCAGAGAGGACAGGAGGGAGCCAGAGUUCUGGAUGUAUGAUUCACCUAGAGAGGAAAGUAUAGAUCCAGGCAGGUGGGCAGCUACUGGAAGGAGAGCAGUUGGCGACCAUCUGAGAAGAUAAACGUCAAGGUGGCUGGAAAGCAGCAGAAGAAGGUUGGAGGAAGCUGGUGACUUCCUCGGCAUGCCUGCUCUUGCCCUGGCACCACACACAGCCUUUUCAGGGAGACAACCAUGGGCCUAUUGCUCAAAGCAUCUGAGAAUCAUCUCCAGAAGAGACCACAGUAGCAAGGCCACACAGGACAUAAGAGCAAAAGGGAGGGAGGCUGUGUGAUAAAACCAGGGAGAGGGUGCAGGAGGGCAGAGGGAGGGCAGGAGAGGGCAAGGGGAUGAACGUUGUCAAAAUAUUAAUGCAAAUGCCAUUAUAAAAGCAUCAUUUUGUAUGAUCCAUGCUAAUAAACUUUUUAAAAGAA